AUGUCUUGCUCUUAUGCUGCACCAGGAAGUCGCAAGAAGCAAUCUGCAUCUUCGCAAUCUAGCAACUCUCCAGAUGACAUGCAGAAUCGUAUUGACCGCCUCGAGGGUCUGGUACUCUCUUUGAUGACGAACGGCUCUCAAUCUGCAGGUCCAGCGGCAGCCCAACGAGCGUUAUCCCUGAACUCUACCUCAGGAUCCAUGGAGUAUCCGCAGGAUGUGGACGUAGAUGUUGAUGGAGAAUACGAGGACAACGGCGUUGUCAGAGGAUCAGGAGAGGACGAGAGUGAGACUGAUCAAGUCGUCCAAUCGCUUGGAGUCAUGAAGGUCGACAACAACAAGUCUAUGUAUUAUGGGGAAGCUCAUUGGGCUGCUAUCUUACACGAUAUCAAGGAGGUCAAGAACUAUUUUUCAGAGCACAAGAAGCAGUGGGAAGACCAAAUGGUCAAGGUGCAAGAAGCCAAGAACCGUGUUGACUCAGCGCCGCAAGGCCCGACUUUCUUGUUUGGAGGAUCAAAACCACCACCUUACUCGGAUUUACUCGCGCAGUUACCAAAACGAACCGUGACAGAUAAGCUCGUCUCCCGGUACUUCAACUCGUAUGAUCCAGCAGUCCAUAUCCUGCAUCCUCCGUCAUGGCAGAGGAAUUACGAAAAACAUUGGGAGAAUCCCCAUAAGAGUGGGGCGGCAUGGCUCGGACAAAUUUUCGCUAUCAUGUGUUUGGCAAUGCAUUCGUACUUUCGAAUGGAUGAUGAGCCCCCCGAGUUCCGGGGCAAGUCUCUUGCUUUGGCUGCAAAUUAUCGAGCUCUUACCGGACAGUGUCUUUUGCUUGCCGACUUCACCAAGCCUGUCAAUCACAUGAUCGAGACUUUGGUGCUCCACCUCCAUUGCGAAUAUGCUCGGAAUCGUGAUGCUGAGGUUGGAACGUGGGUAUUAGUAGGCAUGAUAGUCCGGCUAGCUAUGCGUAUGGGCUAUCACCGAGACCCAAAACACUUUCCCAACAUCACACCGUUCCAAGGGGAAUUGCGAAGACGAGUGUGGACAUUCGUGCGACAAUCAGAUCUUCUCUUCUCUUUUCAGAUCGGGUUGCCGAGCAUGAUUCGAUUGGGUGAUUGUGACACAGAACUUCCUCGAAACCUUUACGAUGAUGAAUUCGACGAGGAUUCAAAGAUUCUCCCCCCCUCGAGACCCGCGUCAGAGCCUACUCCCGUAUCAUACAUGUGCGCGAAAGCUAACAUCGCAUUCGCAUUUGGGAAGGCGGUCGAGAAAUUACACUCUGUAUCGACAUCCUCGUAUGACGAAAUUAUGACUCUAGAUCGCGAUCUGAGAGAAGCUCGUGCAGAAUUCCCUCCACAUCUUCGUCUUCGAAGCAUAGAAGAUUCUAUGAUGGACCCUGGAGCUCUAGUCAUGCAACGCUUCUAUUUAUCAAUCUUGUAUCACAAAGGUCAAUGUGUUCUUCAUCGAAAAUUCCUCGCGAGAGCGCGCGAGAAUAACCGCUACGCUCACUCUCGACGUACCUGCGUUGACUCAUCAAUGGAGCUUCUCAGCCACCAGGCGACCCUGCAUUAUGAAUCGCGUCCUGGUCGUCGCCUCCACGGCAUGAAGGUCUUCAUCAGCUCGAUCACAGCAGCGGACUUCCUACUUGCUGCUAUGAUUGUCGCUCUUGAUCUCUGCUACGGGGCGGAAACAGAAGGCGGCGGCCAAAGCUCUGGCGACAUGUACACCUGGGGACUGGAAAGACGAGCGGACAUGGUUCGGGCGCUCGAAGUUUCCAAUGACAUUUGGAAAGAGACGAAGGAUCAGUCAAUGGAGGCCUUCAAAGCGUCUGAACUUCUGACUGUCAUCUUGAACAAAAUGAAGUAUAGUAGAAACCAAGCCGCUGGACGAACACCGCAAAACCCCUUCCCAUUUUCCGGCCCACCCAACGGCACAGAUGGGCAGACUUUCGGACUACCAGGGGAGGAGAAGCCCGAGCACUCUGCAGCCAUGACACUAGGCAUGCUUAGCAAUGGCGGGAUGACGCCUAAUUCUGCGUCGAUGUUCAAUGGGGCAUUUCCUUCUACAGGGGGUGUUAGUUCUAACAUGGGGGAUAUGCAGUCUUCAGGAUUGACGCCAGGCUACUCACUGGAGCAAGCUGGUAACGGCAUACCCUCUGUGCCGAGCCCACUCUCGUUCUUUGGCAAUGGAAAUCUAGCGGGUGACAUGCCCGCGAACUUGGAUUGGGAUGCAUGGGAUUCCUACGUCCAGAAUGGGAGUCUUGACACUGGGAUUCAGGGUUGGCCCGCGAGCAUGGACCCGGCACUGAUGACAUCGGCGGUAGAUGGACAGGCGCAGAUGCCGCAAACGUCUAGUACCUCGUUCAAUGGUUCUGGAGGAAUAUUCAUGGGGGUCAGCACUCCCCCAGGCAACAUGCCUAUCUGA